AUGAAGAGCCCGCAGCAGCCGCCUAAUGGCGCCAGCGACAGGAAACCAGAGCGCUGCGUGCGUCAGGCCGCGGGCUACACGAAUGGACAGUGGCAGCGCUGCAGACCUGCCCUGAUGAGUGGAUCCGCGGUUGCAGCCUCUGCGCAGUUUUGCGGUGCGGGGAGUGGCGGCGGCAGUGCCGGGUCCUUGUUCUGCCAGCUGCUGGCUUCCCUGGCCCAUGCGCAGUGCGCGCUCGCCGACCGCGGCGCCUUCCCGCGGGAAGCGUCACCCCCGUUGCCGGAGUACGACUUCGUGGUGGUCGGCGCCGGGUCCGCGGGGGCGGCGGUGGCCUCCAGGCUCUCCGAGAACCCGGCCUGGAAUGUUCUGCUCCUGGAGGCGGGCGGAGACCCGACCCCAACGUCAGACGUCCCCAGUCUCUUCCCGACGUUGCGUCAGACAGAGAUGGAAUGGACUUACCGGACGGAACCAGAAAAUCAAACUUGCCUGGCGCAGGUGAAUGGAAGAUGUGCUUGGCCACGAGGCAAAGGUCUCGGUGGUACCAGCUCUAUCAAUGGCAUGUUGUACAUCAGAGGCAGCCAGCAGGACUAUGAUGGCUGGGCAGCGCUCGGCAAUGAUGGGUGGUCCUACCGGGAGGUACUGCCCUUCUUCAAGAAACUGGAGGCCUUUGAUGAGGAAGAACUGAAGAAAAGGCCGCUCAUGGCAGGUGUACAUGGGCGCAGUGGAUCUAUUUACGUCACGAAACUGGAGCGCCUAAGUCCUGCCUUUGAGACACUAGACGCUGCUGCCAAAGAACUAGGCUACAAAAUUAUUGAGGGGUUUGGGGAUAUACACUGCUCCAUCAAGAAUGGUACGAGGUGGAGCACAGCUCGUGGAUACCUGACGCCAGUGACACAGAGGUCGAACCUGCAUGUCCUGAAGUUUGCAUACGUAACCAAGGUUCUGAUUCGAGAAAAGGACCAGGCAGCAUAUGGCGUACAGUUUUUGAAAGAUGGUACUGUCAAGGAAGUUAGAGCAAGAAAGGAAGUAAUACUGUCAGCAGGAGUUAUUAACACACCUCACAUACUGAUGCAUUCUGGAAUUGGACCAAAAGCCCACUUGGAUAAGGUUGGUGUACGAGUGCUGAAGGAUCUCAGAGUUGGGUUCACAGUGACAGAUAAAGCGCCGCCAACACUUCCUGGUAUCGAUCCAACUGACUACCCUGACAUACAGUUCCUCUUCGUCCUUGCUCAAAGCAACACUGCAAGCCUCGUUGCCAAAGCUUUCAAUUUGAAUGACGAAGUGACCAGCACCCUGAAGAAACUUGUUGAAAACGAGGACGUGAUAUUAGUUUCGGUGACAUUAUUAGCACCUAGGAGCCGUGGCCGCGUCAAACUGAGGACUGCCGACCCGAUGGACCUGCCACUCAUCUACCCCGGCUAUUUUGGAGACCCUGGCGACUUCGAGAAUCUACUGGCUGGCGUGGAAAUCGCCCACAGGCUGGGCUCGACAGAGGCAAUGAAGAAGGCUGGUUACUCUGUAAAGCAGUUCCCUCUGAAGAACUGCAACCGCUCAUCGCUGCUGGAACACGACUACUGGCGAUGCGCUGUGCCGUACCUAACCAGCACGCUUUUCCACCCAGUGGGCACAGCCAAGAUGGGACCCUCUGCAGAUGCUGACGCGGUCGUUGACCCGUGGCUGCGAGUCCGUGGAGUGCGCAAUCUGCGUGUAGCUGACGCCUCCGUCAUGCCAGUCAUUGUUCGCUGCAACACCAACGUCGCCUCCAUCAUGAUCGGCGAGAAGUGUGCACAUGCGGUGACCGAAGAGUGGCGGCACCUUUCUUAG